AACCAGCCAAAGCCAAUUCGGCUAAAGCGUCUCUGCCCGUGCUUUUCUCGUUGACAUGACGUGCCGAAGUGACCUGAUCCCACAACCUCACCUAUCAACCUUUUGUCACUGCCAUCAAUUGCUCUUUAUUGCAGUCAAUUGACACCCCCACAGCUUCGCCAUGUCUUUCCUCAGGUCCGCCGCCCUUCGCACGUCUUCUCUCGCACGCGCUGCUCGCCCGGCCGUGCGCGUCGCCCAGCCUCUUCGCCAGAGCAUUCAGCGCAGGACAUAUGCCAGCGGUCACGGUCACGGCGAGGCCAAGAGCAGCGACGUCCCAUGGAUGGCCGCAGCUGUAGCUUCGACUGCCGCAGGUCUCUACAUUGUCCUGACCCAAGACACGAGCCACGGCGAGCACGGCGACCACGCUGAGCACGCCGAGCACGCCGAGAAGCACACGGAAGAGGAGGAGGCCGAGGAGGCGCCUGCUCAGGAGGAGGAGUCCAGCGACCAGACCAACGUUGACGCACCCAAGGUGGAGAAGUCUGAUGCCAAUGCGGAAGACUCCAGCAAGGACGAGUCUGAGAAGACCGAUAAUCAAGAGGAGGGCAAGCACUCCGAGUCCCGCGAGAAGGCUGCCGAGGACAAGAAGAAGGAGCACAAGGACUCCAAGGCACAGGCUAGCCAGGAGAAGGAGGAGAACGAUGACUCUGCUUCCCCCGACAAGUCCGACAAGCCCAACCCGCGCAAGGAGCCCAAGAGCUUCAACGAAACGUCUGGCAAGCAGCAGGGUCUGUCGAACGACGAGACUCACCACUCUACGAACGUCUCCGAGGAUGAUGACAAGUCCAAGAAGGGCGAGGGUGUCGCUGAGACUGCUAAGCUUAAGGGCACUGUUUCCACCGACCGACCUGGUGCUGAGAACAAGGAGGAGCGCGGCAAGUCCUCCGUCGACAAGGACGCGUAAGGAACGACUCGAGUUGCGUCUCUCAAAUCACCUCUGUCAUCUUAGUCCCCUAGCGACGAACGUCCCUCUCGUCGUGAUUUGUAUAGUCCUGAAUCAACAUUAUUCAUCUGUGCAAGUCAGAGUCUACACGCUGCCGAGGUUAUGUACUGCACACAGGCCGUUCGACCAGCCACUUUGCAAAAUGCAGCACCAGGCAAGAAGGAUCAACAAUCUCGCCAGGGCUCUUCUUCGUUGGGGUGUAUACGCUUCAACGGAGUUAUCUAGUCCUAGUACUGCGGCUCACUGGCUACGACAAGGAUGGUCUGGAUUCCGCA